AUGCCUUUAAUCAUAGUCUCCGGCCUCCCGACGUCGGGCAAAACGACCCGUGCGAAACAGCUCCAGGCGCACCUCGCGAAGCGCAUCGCCGCCGCCGCCGCCGAGCCCUCCUCGACAGGAGGAAGUAAGCAGCCCUACAGGUUACACUACAUCUCGGACUCGACGCUCUCGAUCUCAAGAGAGGUUUACGACCUCGACCCGAACAAGGUGCGCGCACACACACGCUCGGCCAACGCCUCGGAGAAGGACGCUCGCGCGGCCGUCUACGGCGCUGUUAAGCGCGUACUGACGGACCGCGACAUUGUCAUUCUGGACGGUAUGAACUACAUCAAGGGCUGGCGGUACCAGCUGCACUGCGAGGCCAAGGCCGUGCGGACCCCGAGCGUGAUUUUGCAGAUUGGGUGUGGGGUCGAGAGGGCCAGAGGAAUCAACGAGGAGCGGCUGAGGAAGAGGGAGGAGGCUGCGCCGACGACGGAGACAGUUACGGAAGGAGAGGAGAAAAAGAAGGACGGCAGCGACGAGGACAAGGUUGGCGACGAGCAGGCUUACGACAAGGAGAACUGGGAGAAUCUCGUGUUCCGCUACGAAGAGCCGAAUCCCAUGACGCGGUGGGACAGCCCGCUCUUCACGCUCAUCUGGGACGACGACGAGGCGCAGGCUUCCAAGGUGUUUGACGACCUCUGGGACGCGAUCGCGGGGACGGGCCGUAAGGUCGUGAAGCCGAACCAGGCGACUGUCCAACGCAGCCGCGACGCUGGCGGGGAUUACCUCUACGUGCUGGACCGCGAGACGCAGGAUGUCGUCAAGAAGAUCCUGGAUGGACAGGGCGACGAGGAGGGCGGUGAGGUCAAGAUUCCCAACGGCGGUGAUGAGCUGACGGUGCAGCUUCCGGGCCGCAAGGUAGGGCUGCCGCAGCUGCAGAGGCUGCGGCGGGCCUUUGUCGGGCUGAACCGUGGAGGCAUCGGGCUUGAGGGUGUGGGCAACUUCAGCGUGGAGCGGAUGAGGGAGAGUUUCGUCGGGUACCUCAACGGUAGCUUCGAACAGGAGGGCUGA